UGGACUGCCAGGACCAGGUUCAAGCUAUGGUGGCGCCGCUUGGUAGGGCAGCGGGAAAUAGUAAUUUGACAUCUAGUUUUGUGACUUUUGCUUGUCAAAAAAAAAAACAAGAAUUUAAUUAUUUGCAGAAAUUGUCAAAGGAAUUUUGUUUCCCAAGAAUAAAAAGAAAACAAUUUAACAAAAAUGGACAAUCAAAUCAGUUUUACCAGCAGCAACUCAAUAGGAACCCUCUAAAUCUCUCAAAAGAAAAUCGGACUCUCCAAAGGCAGCAGAACUCCAAACCGAAUAUGCAGAAUAAGCCACACCCGAAUUACGGGAUGAGUUUUACAUCAAACGUGAAACGAUGAGACAUCAAUUCAUCUGGUAUUCCAGGAGCAGGAAUAGUCGUUGUACCCAUCUUGGAUCAUCGGCUGCAGCAAGUUACUCUUGAUGGCAAUGCCAGGAGGACAUCAUUGGAACAUCAAAAAUAACCUUGGGCAAAAUGAAACCUGCUCAUGUUGUGGCUGGAUAUAUACACAAUGUGUUGUGGCUAAUGGAAUACCAACCAGCUCUAACUGAACACCUGAUACAGGUGUUGGUUCAAAAACUGCUCAUUCUUGAUGUGAAUGCACCACGAAGUGAAAUUGAAGAAGCUGAAUUUGAGGAAGAAAACGAAGACGACAUGGAUGAUGAUGAAGAUAUUGACGAGGAAAUGUUUAAAAUGGAAGAUGCAACAAGAACCACAACAACGACGCCACAAGAAACUCGUGAAAUUCUACCAAUGACCCAUCCAACCGCCCAUACUUUUGAUAUGUGUAUGGAAAAGAUGUAUUCAUUCUUUGAUCAAUUCAAUCCAAAGAAAGAACUAAUUGGAGAUGAAGGUGAUAAAAUCCUCAAAACACUUUCUCAUGCUCUGGAGUCAUAACACGCAUCAUGUACAAUUUUUAGUAUUUUAUUCUUGUAGUUUUAAGGUAAGUUCCAUACUCUGA